AUGAUUGAAAAAGAAUAAGAUCUUUUUUGUGCUUAGAUACAUAACCAUCCAGUCUUAAUGGAUGAUAGUAAUAAAAAACUCCAAAAGAAUUAAAGACUUAAUUGCCCUCUAAGUUUGGAAAAUUUAGAAUCAAAAUCAAAAUUUAAGAGCUUUUUGAAAGCAUUAAAAAAUAUUGAAAAGAAUCAAAAUUAAAAGAAAAAAUCAAUUGAGAAUGUGUUAAUUAAUAUUAUCGAAAAAAUUCAAGAACUCUAAAAAAACCUUAUUCAUUUAAAAUUUAAUGUAGAUUAAUAAUUGGAUAAUUUGAUUGAAAAUGCAAAUGAAUGGAUUAAACAAAUCUAAAUAUGGGGAAAAUCAAAAGUUACAUAUAGUUUCUUUGACGAAUUAGAAAAAUUAAUUAAACAAAAAAAAAUUGAUUAAUCCUAUUUAAAAUCUAUAGCUGAUCAAAUUAAUUAAAUUAAUUAAGAAUGGAAUCAAAAGUACUUUAAUAAAUUGAAUUUAUUUAAAUCAUUUUAAGAAACUUAAAAAUGUGAAGAACUAUUAUUAAGUUUACAAAAAAUCAAUUUAAUAAAAGAGAAGGAAAUAUUGAUCAAAUAGAAUUAAGUAAAUAUUUGUAAAAAAUAAAAGGAAGUGAUACAAGUAGAUAUUUAAUAGGAAUAAAAAUUAAUGAACGAAAAAAAAGUUGAACUUAAAUUAAUUGAUAAUUCUAAUUAAUAGAUUGGUUUAUGCUAUGCAGUAGUAUUUGAUGAAACUGGAUCAAUCAUGGUUUCAUGUGAGCAUGAGAUGAUUAAUAUUUGGUAAUUUGAAUAAGGAAGAUUAAAAUUAAUUAAAACAUAUUAAGAACAUAUAUAGGCUGUUACAUGUUUGGUAUAUAGCAAAUUGAAAAAUAAUUUUAUUUCUGGUUCCCUUGAUAAGACUAUCAUCAGUUGGCAAUAAAUUAAUCAAAAAGAAUGGAAAUGUUCAUAGCCAUUCUAAUAACAUAGUAUGUCAGUUAAUUGUUUGAUGUUAAAUAAAAAGGAAGAUCAUCUAAUUUCAGGAGGUUUGGAUAAAUCAAUUAAAGUUUGGAAUGUAGAUUUUAUUAAGAAUGAGCUAAAUUUUAAAUACUCAUUAGAUAAACAUAGUAAUUCUAUAUAAUCAUUCAGUUUUAAUUCAUCUGAAACUCUUAUGGCAUCAUGUGGAUAUGAUCAUUUUAUCAUAUGGUAGAAAGGAGUUUAAGGAAAAUGGGAAUUUUAAUAUAAAAAAGAGGUGUCCUAUUAUGGACGUAAAAUAUGUUUCAUUAAUGAUUAUCAAUGUCUCUGGGUAACUUAACGUAAGGAUUGUAAUAAUAUUUUUUUGUUUGAAAUACAGAAUGGAGUCUGUUAAGAAAAUAUUAAUAAAACUAUCAAUUUGGUUCAAAAUGCUUUAUGUGAUGAUUAUCUAUAUUUCCCAAUUAUUUACAAUAAAGAUAAAAAUAUAAUAUUAGUAAGACAUAAGCACCAUAUCUAUCUGAUGAGGGAACUGAAUGAUGGCAUAUUUAAUAUUAUUGCAUCAUUUAAUUGUUAAACUGAUGAAAUUUUCGGGACUAUGACCAAUAAUGGAUAGUAUUUAGUAUUUUGGGAUGAAAAAUAUAAAAAGUAUUAAUCAUAUGAGAUACUGGAUAAAUGA